CCACAUCAAAACGCAAACCCUGAACUGAACCACAACGUGAGGUCUGAGGUGGCGGGACCAACAACGUCAACACCCCUUUGUCCGUUGCACGUUUUGAAUUUCAAAUAUCCUAACGCCAACUUACAUUACAUUACACAAUACACCCCUUCACGACCCUCUCUCUCUCUCUCUCUCCAACAUCACUGGCUUAAACAAAACUUUGGCUUUUAUUUGACUUCACUUCAUUCAAGCCAAGCAGCAACACCUGCUUCGUGAUGGGUGCCUCAGGAAAGUGGGUUAAGGCAUUGAUCGGACUCAAGAAACCAGAGAAAGAUGAACAUGUGAAGGAGGGUGGUAAGAGCAAGAAGUGGAGGCUAUGGAGGAGUUCUUCCGGGGACAUGGGUUCUUGGAAGGGUUUCAAAGGAAGCCACAAAGCAGCUUCUGAAGGUUCUGAUUCUCCACCUGUUGUUUCAGAUGCUUUCACAGCCGCAGUAGCCACUGUGGUUCGAGCUCCACCUAAGGAUUUCAGACUAGUUAAGCAAGAAUGGGCCGCUAUAAGGAUCCAAACCGCUUUCCGUGCCUUCUUGGCAAGAAGGGCUCUGAGGGCAUUGAAGGGAGUGGUGAGGAUUCAAGCUCUUGUGAGGGGAAGACAGGUGAGGAAGCAGGCUGCGGUGACAUUGAGGUGCAUGCAGGCCUUGGUUCGAGUUCAGGCUCGAGUAAGAGCUCGUCGUGUGAGGAUGUCCAUAGAGGGCCAAGCCGUGCAGAACAUUCUUAAUGAGAGACGCGGCAAGCUUGAACUUUUGAAGCAAGCUGAGGAAGGAUGGUGUGACAGCAGAGGGACGUUGGAAGAUGUUAAAGCCAAGAUACAAAUGAGGCAAGAGGGAGCUUUCAAAAGGGAAAGAGCAAUUGCGUACUCUCUUGCUCAAAAGCAAUGCAGAUCAACACCAAGCUCCAAUUCAAGAACAAAUGCCUAUUUUUCCUCUCUGAAGAGUAAUGAGAUUAACAAAGCUAAUUGGGGGUGGAGUUGGUUGGAGCGUUGGAUGGCAGCCAAGCCUUGGGAGAGUAGAUUGAUGGAACAGUCUCAGAAUGAAGGUUUAGAUAAAACCCCACCUCCAAAGAAGUUUGUGGAAUCCUUUGUGAGCUCUAAUUCCAAAACAUGCUUGGUCAAAGUCAAGAAGAAUAACAUUACAACAAGGGUUUCUGCUAGGCCUCCCCAUGUUGUUGGCCAUGCUACUCGUUCAUCCUCAAGUCCAAGUUCUGAGUUUAGGUAUGAUGAGAGUUCUGCAUCAUCCUCCAUGUGUACUUCUACCACCCCAAUGUCUGGGAACACUUGUGACAGGACUGAGGAUGGUGGUGGCAAUGCUAGGCCUAGUUACAUGAACCUUACUCAAUCCACAAAGGCAAAGCAAAAGACAAGUAAUCAUGUGUAUAAUAGAGCUCAGAGGCAGCAGUCUAUGGAUGAGUUUCAAUUUCUCAAGAGGACAGCGGUUUUCUCUAAUGGAGAUUCCAAAAGCACUGCUGGUUCUGACCCUUCAAUAAACUUUUCUAGGCCACUUCACUUGGACAAGAGCUCAGUGAUGGCACGGUGAAAUGGAAAUGGAUCAGCUUACAUGGAGUGAUGUGAAUGUGGUGGAAGCUCAACAUCUUUCUGUAUUUAUUAUUUUUUUUUCUUCCAAGAAGUGCAACAUCUUGUUGUUUGAGUUAGCUAGCUAGAAGUAGCUUAUUAUGUGUUUGAUAAUACUUGUGAGGGCUCUCCAUUUGUAUAAUUGUUCAUUUGUCGAUGCUAAAUCACCAACUUAAGCAAGACUAAAGUACAUGGGGAAACACCCUUUUGUCAACA